GAGUCCUGGAUAUCGCCCUACUUACAGAUUAAUACGGCUUCGCUUUGACAUAGCGAGCUUGGAAAAGGCUGUUCGGAGCUGCCGGGAUUAGCAAAGUCCGUUACCACAGCGGGCCCCACGGCUCCCACGGGGACUUAGGAGAGUGAGUGUGAUGAACCCCUGGCCCUACCUUACUAGUAACUUACACGUAAUCUGUGUGUGUGUGUAUGUUAUAUUUAACGCCGUGGCGGCAAGGGCGCAGCCGCCCUUGCGGCCGACCUCCCGAAGGGUAUAUGGCGUGGAGAGCCGUCGCCCUAUAACUAUUGCUAGAUACAGUUCAAAUCGUCCUCCAAAUCGUGCCUUAUGGCUACUAUACGUUCUAUCUGUCCCUGGUUCCCGCUGGUGCCCCAGUUCCAUUCUUGAAUUUUGCGGCUUAAGGCCGGAUAUGUCUGGAGAGGGCGGCCUGCCGAAACAGGCCCCUCGUACAUGUUCUGAUUUGUACAAGACCAUUCCUGCCCCAGUACUUGGUUGACGACGUGUACUCGCCGCAUAUCCACUUUUUCUUGGUCGGAGGGUGUGGAUAUGA